AUGGAGAAGCUCCAAUGUUUGAACCGGAGUAGUCUUUUGACUGCUCCGGAUUGUGAACUAGUGAACUGCUUUUCCAGACAUACCAACAAGUCAGUAGCCUUCACUCCCUGGAAAAGGUUACUGGAGGGUGCAAUCCCCUCACCUUGUCUUGAGUUCUUGUCUUUGUUUUCAUCGAAGGCUAAAUAUACUUAUAAAAAACCAACUGAACACAAGUACCGUAAGGGAAAGACGUUGGAUAUUGGCUCUCCAGAUUUUGUCCUUUGGGGCAUGUCAAGAUUGUCACAUAAAGAACUGGACAUGAGGGACGAACCCGAAGCAAAGUUAAGGUGCCUAAGUAAAUGCUAUGCUGUUCACUUGGGUGUCUCAGACACCUGUCCCGAGCAGUUUGGCAUUAAAGCAUUUCACCGAUACUUUGCCGUCAUGGUAAAUUUGAUGCCAUGCCGAGUAGGCAGGAAUGAGGGUUGUUGA